GUGCUUACUGAUGACGUACCAGCUAAGCGCGCAAUUUGAAAUGUACCAGCUAAGCUAACUAGCUAGCUGUGAAUCUAGCGGAGCGAUAUUUUGUUAAUUCAUUAAUUUAACUUGCUUGUAAAUUGCUCGUAUUUGUAUUGUUAUAAAAUUGGUUGUUCAGUACACCAUGGAUGUUGGUUCACAUUUACAGAGUUUUGAGCAAAGUUUAAUCAACUAUACUGGAGACGACCCACUCGAUCCAUGGGACAGGUUUAUAAAAUAUCUAGAGAAGAGAUUACCUGCUGAAGACUCCAAAGCGAUGUCUCUUGUGCUAGAUCGUCUAGUACAAAGAUUUCUCCAAGAAGAGCGUUAUACCAAUGACAUUCGAUACGUAAACUACUGCAUUAAAUGUGCAAGUUAUUACAAUGAGCCCAUCAAACUAUACAGCCACAUAUACAGUAAGGGCAUUGGCACCAGAGAUGCAGUCCUCUAUGUGGCGUGGGCUCAACAGUUUGAGCAGCAGGGCCUGCUUCAACAGGCUGAUGCCGUGUACCAGAGAGCCAUGGAAAACCAAGCUAAGCCAACUGACACUGUCCUUCAGCAAUACAGAAUGUUCCAAACCAGGACUUCUGGAAGUGGUGCAGGGGCUUCAGAAGCUGUACGGAAUCCUCUUCAGAAUUCCAACUUGGUAAAUCGGCUGCAAACCCACAGAGUGCCCAGCCCACAGAGUGCCCAGCCCACAGACCCUGAACGUCUGUACCAACUCUCUACAGACAGAACUGUUCGCAUAAUCUCCCGGUCUGAAAAUGUGGUGGUAAAUAAACCCAAUCAAGGCCCGGUUGUGAGCCUGCAGACAGUGUCGAUGUACCGUACGGAAGACCUCGUCUGCGAUGGGUCUGAACUAUGCUUCGAGGAGGUCAGAGCCAGACGAUACUUUGUGAGACGCAAGCAAGAGAAGAAACGGAGAGAGUUUGAGGAACGUCAGAGGUUGGUUAGAGAGCAGGAGGAGGAGGUAAUGAGGAUGAACCGGCUGUUGGAGGAGCUGGAGAGUAAUCUCUGUGUGAGGUCUACAGGCCAGGGAAGCACCGCCAGUGCUCUACCAGUGCAGCAGGCACUCUGCACACCUGCAACAGAUCUGAAUCCUGAGUUCCUCCAACAUUCCUUAAGGCAACCUAUACUCUCGAGCAACCUCGGCAUCAAACUCACUCCAGGCUUUAGACUGAACAGUGGACAGGACCCCAGACAAGGCAUGGUUAGGGAAUCUGAGACACACCUUCAGUGCGACCAUCUCAGGGCUCCCAUUACAGACACACUGCGCUCACAGAGAUCCGUUUCCCCAUCUGGACAGUUGGAGGAGGUAAACACCUCCCUUAGACGCUCCCUCCACAUGCCAGAAGCAACAAUGGGUCACUUGGGUGAAUGUACAAAAGCUCCAAAACCAUUUGCAGUCGCUUCCCAGGCAUAUUCUCUACAAGCUUCUCUAGUUCAGCCCCAACCAGAACAAAACCCUAAGCCAUUUGGGUCGGCCCCACAGAAGCCAGCAGCCUACAGAUCUGACGUGCAGCUUGGUGGAGUUCCAAAUCAGGGUGGUCACUCUCACCUCAGCAGCAUUUUCCAGCAGCACAAUGGCAGUGAUCAUCAUGAGGUGUCUGUCAGUGAAGCUCCUGAGUCGGAGGUGAAAUUAGAUGUGUCACAGGGAGGGACUGGAAACGUGUCCCAUAUCACUCCUAACACUUCUCUGGGACUGGUGCAAGCCACUCCGUCCAGGGUGCUCCCAUCCCCCACAGUCAACACACGGGAGGCACUUGAUGCUAUCAUGGACAUGUUCCAGGCUCCAACCCUCCUGCUGGAGGACCAGUUCCGCAGCAUGCCAAUGCAUCCACAUCAGGCGGAGAAGAGCUUUGAUGCUGGCUACCAGAGAAUGGGCGCCGCUUCAUUCAGCAAGCCCCGCAGUGCAGUCCCUUUCGCCAUCUUUCAAGAUGAGAAUGACAUAAAGGAGAAAUGCAGUGCUGCUAUGGUGGACAAUGCAAAGCCACCAAGGGCCCUAGCCGAAAUCCCUGUAUCUAAACCAGAGAAACAAAAUGAAUCUCCGUCGGAAUUGAUACCAGAUGAGAGCACUAUGUGGGAAGCACGCUACAACUCCCUGGCCGCCUGCCCCAACAGCACCAGAGACUUUUCACUGUCGGCUCACCUGGUCUCCACGCCCUUCCAAAACAAAGCUCCUUACUCCUGGGACUUUGAGCAGGAUCAAGAACAUGAUCAACCCAGAGGCUUUGGGGGUCUGGAAGAAGUCCCUUUCCUACGACAGCCCACAAAACUCAGCCCUAUCAUAGAGCAGAGCCCACCUGAUGGGCUACCUGAGACUGGCACGGAGUGCUCUAUGAGAGCUCAGGGCUUUGCUGAGCAGGGCACCAUCGUGGGAGAAGGGCUAGCCCUGGCCCAGCGAAGCCUGGCUACCUGCUCCAUGACUGAAGUGCAGCAUCAUGCCCCGGCCGCACUGUCCUUCAGAGACCAGACUGCCCCCCUGACCCAUGCUGAGGCCUCAAAGCCAGACUGGGAUGUCUAUGUGAGCCCAGAGCAGUCCUUAAAGCCAGCUUUUCCUCUCCCACAGCGUGCACCUGUGGCAGAAGCAUUCCUUUCAAAGAGCCAGAUCUAUGCCCUCAAAUCCAACUUUGAUGUUCCAACUUGUCCAGAGAAAGCAACAACAAUGAGUCCAUUCCAGUCGUCAUCAAAGUUCAGAAUGGAUAGUCCUAUGAGCCCAGCUCCAGAGGUGAGGUAUGGCAUGGAUAUUCUUAUAAGCCCAGACCAAGGUUCAAAGGUGAACAUGGAUGUGCCCAUGAGUCCAGCAGCACAAGGGGCAGCGGCUGUAGAGCUGGUCUCCGACCCCUGGGAUGAGGAGCUGAUUUCCUCCCUGCUCUCCAAGCUGUCCACGCCACUCACCUCACAGCCUAACUUCAUCACCUGGCAGUGCAAAGUCCCCAGCAUUGCACCCAAGAUGACCAUCAAGAUUGGUGAAGGCUCCUUACGGGUUGACUGUGUACUCGGACAGGGUGCCUUUGCCACAGUCUACCAGGCAACUGACCUCAACACCUCAGAGAAGAUGAUUUUAAAGGUGCAGAAACCAGCCAAUCCGUGGGAGUUUUACAUCAACUCUCAGCUGAAUGCCCGGCUGCAGCCCAGCGUGCGCCACCUCUUUAAUAACAUCCACUCUGCCCACCUCUUCCAGAAUGGUAGCGUGCUAUUGGGCGAGCUCUACACCUGUGGCACCCUAUUGAAUGCUGUAAACCUGUACAAGAACCUUAGUGGCAAGGUGAUUCCCCAGCCUCUGGUGAUCUACUUCACUGUCUGCAUCCUGCACAUGGUGGAACAGCUGCACCAUAUCCACAUUGUUCACGCUGACAUCAAACCAGACAACUUCCUGCUGGGAGAGAGGUUCCUGGAGAACAAGUCUUUUGACCAAGAUAAUCUGGAUCAUGGCCUCUCCCUAAUUGACCUGGGUCAGAGCAUUGACAUGACUCUGUUCCCAGAGGGCACGGCUUUCAACACCAAGUGUAUGACCUCUGGCUUCCAGUGUACAGAGAUGCAGAGUGGGAGACCAUGGAACUACCAGACGGACUACUUUGGAAUAGCUGGAACGGUGUACUGCAUGAUUUUUGGAACAUACAUGCAAGUGACACAGGAGGGUGGCGUGUGGAAGACAAAUGCAGUAUUUAGAAGAAAUCCCCACAGUGAUCUGUGGACAGAGUUCUUCCACACUCUGCUGAAUGUACCUGACUGCAGCUCCCUGCCCUGCCUGCAGAGCCUGCGCAGUAGACUGAGCACUGUGCUCCAACAGAACUACAGCAACAAGCUGCCGUCGCUGAAGACCCGCCUGGUUAUCCAGCUGUUAGAGAGCAGGAAGGCACGGAGAUAGAACUCCCUGAGAACCUUUCUAAUCCUGGGUCCUGUUCAGUAGGUAUACAAUUAAAGAAAGCGGUCUGAAACUGAGUGGAACUUGGGAGAUACUAUCUGUACUUUAUGAACAACCCUAAUGAACACGACCCUGGAUGGAUACUACUGCGAUGUCGAAUUUCUAGUCCAUUUGUAAAUACAAAAGAUUGACCUUAGAUCGGGUCCGGUCACUGUGAUAACCUUUUAUGUUUUUUAGUGAUAACCAUUUGUCCAUUUAAAUAACAGAAAUUGUGAGGUUGGAGAUGUUAUGGUGUAUUUUCAUUUGUAAAGAAUAAAAAUAAAAACAUUUCUGUUUUGCAAGUGUA